ACUGAUUUUGACUUAUUGUGUCACUCGCAUUUGAAUAUUGUAUUUCAUUAGUAAGAUAGACAUUAAGUUAUGUGUUUUGUGGAAUCGUGUUAGAAUUUUAAGUAUUUGCGUCGGUCAAUUCGGUCAGUCGUGGAAAUGGUGCCACCCCGUCAGAGAGUGUUAUGAACACAUUUUAAAUUUUAUUGCAGUCAUUAGCCGUGCCACAAUGGGGACCCUGGUCAAGGGUAGCCCUCCAACCUCUGAAGAAGGGGCUGCUGCACCUGAUCCGCCUGUUGCCGAGGAAACUCCUGCUCCAGAAGCACCAACCCCGUCUGCCACACCUAUGCCAGCCUCUAUUGCAGAGCCUGACGCCAAGCCCGAGCCAAAAUCUCCUGUGGCGGUGCCAGAGCCCCAAGAACCACAACCCACUCCUGUCCGCUUGUGUUCUGUGGCUGGUUACGAUGGCCGGGUCAACGACAUUGUUUACUGUCCGCCCGCAGCUCGCUCUGAGCAUAAUAAAGCUGUAGUGUAUUUUGGUGGAGAUGUCCAGGACUUUCCCGAGACCAUGGAAUCUCACCGAGAGAACAAAAACUAUGCCAAAUGGAAUUUGGAAAAUACGUCAUUACUUUUGCACACCUAUUUUCCUGAUAUGCACAUCAUAGUAGUGAGACCGUCAAGGUCAACAACACCCAAGCUUGCAAGUUUCAUGGAACUAGUCUCGUCCGAUAUGGAACAUAGCAGAAUGGAGUUUAAGACGUUUAGUUGUUACGACAAUUUCGUGCCAGGCAACAACUGCGGCGCGCCUGAACACACCCCAACGCACUACGCCUUGCAGCACCUGGAACGCCUCUUGCAGGCAGUGUCGCAGAGGGUGCGAAUGCUCACCCCUCAGCAGCUGGCUGCCGGAAAGAGUCCUCCGCCCUCGCCACACCCGCAGACCCCGCCGGAAAAAUGUGAAGAGAAUGGAGAGAAUCCAGAACCCAGCACAAGUAAAACUAUUCGAUGGUGGCAGGAAGAAAUAAACUUGGACAAGGCUGAUUUGUCAUUAGUUGGAUUCAGCAAAGGUUGUGUGGUCCUGAAUCAGAUUCUCUACGAGUUCCAUUAUCUUAAGACACUAACUCCAGAUGACGACACGAUGAUGAGACUCGUCAUUAGAAUCCAGGAUAUGUUCUGGCUGGAUGGUGGUCAUGCAGGAGGUAAAAAUACUUGGAUCACAUCGCGUUCGCUAUUAGAGACGCUGACCAGACUCAACAUUGGGGUGCAUGUUCACGUUACGCCAUACCAAGUACAAGAUGAGCGGAGACCCUGGAUACGAAAGGAGGAAAAGACAUUCACUGAGUUGUUACGAAGAUUGGGUGCCCCAGUGACUCGAGUUUUGCAUUUUGAAAACCAACCUGCGUCGCUCAUGACCCACUUUGAAGUGCUUUCAGUUUUCAGACAAACACAGAAUCAAAACAACGCAGCUAAUUCUGUCUCGGCAAAUGCCUCCUCUACAUGAACUGUUCAUCCAUCCCCCUCAAGUGAAGUCUCGAAAGGUUGUAACAAGUCGCAUUGAGCCCAAUGGCAAGCUAUGUUAAAUUACUUUGAAAGAUAGCCUUUGGAUUGAUUUUCAUUUUUCAAAUUCUCAAUUACUGUUUUGUUGCUGGAAGGCCAAAAAUACUUAAAGAGUCACACAUUAAUUUAUUGCUUGUUUUGCUGCCUCCAAUUUGCAACCACUCAAAACAAAACCCUGAUACGCCUUUCCCACUUAAUACAUUGUACAACCAUAAAAAUACUGUAUAUUUUGAAAGUGACAGUAUAUUUUGCAAUUGAAUGAGAAGUACAACUUCGCCGACAUUUUGAUUCAGCAAUACACAUUUGUUUAGAGCGCUGACCGCGGAACUUCCUAUUUGAUGAGGAUAAACUUCUUCAGACAUUUGUAUACAUUAGAAAUUUAGUUUUCGUGCUUGUAUCAUUACAAACUUAUUUUACUGCAAACAAUGUGAAUAGUUUCAUUUCCAGAAUAAAUUAUAUAUUACUUA